ACAUCACACACAAUACCGCAAUAUUUCUGCCAAAACAAAUACCCAGAACACGGCAUCUUAAGCCAUGCCUUUAACAAGGAAUAAUUUCCUUCGGCGGCCGUCCAAAGUGAAAGAAAGGAGGUCACAGAGACACGGCGUGAGGAAUGCAAUAUACUCCGUCAAUGGAGAUAAAUAUAAAGGAGAAUGGAAGGAUGACAAGAGGCACGGGAUGGGACAACAGGUUUGGAAGUCUGGUGCCACAUACAUAGGAGACUGGAAAUGUGGGAAGCCCGAUGGAUAUGGCACGUACACAAAGGGGGAGCAGUUGUACAUUGGGGAGUGGAAGGAUGGGAAGAAACAUGGCCAUGGGAAAUGUGCGUACAACGAGUUGGCAUUCUAUCAUGGGGAGUGGAAGGAGGGCCACCGAAACGGCUGGGGAGAGAUGCACUAUGAGAAUGGGGAUGUGUAUGUAGGAGAUUGGCUGAUGGAUAAACGCAACGGAGAGGGCAUCAUCAGGUAUGUGGGCGGCGACUGGUAUGAAGGUGAAUGGAAAAGCGACGUGAAGCACGGUGAAGGGAAGUUGUACUUUGCUGAGAAGGACCAACUCUAUUAUGGCACGUGGUUUAAUGGAGAAGCAAGACGUGGGACUCUGUCUGACUAUGAUAAAGACGAAGAUGGCAGUAGUACAGCUUUAACAGACGAAAGCAUAAAAGAGGAAGAGCUGGAGGUGAGCAUCUCAGCUCUAGAGGUGCCUUCUUCCAUAACCAACAAGGAACAGGGAGGGGCCGAUGUGGAGGGAAGUGAAGGACAAAUCGCUGCUGCUUCCAAAAUGCCAACAGACUCAAUGGAUGACCUUCAGGACAAGGACAGAGAAGGCCCACAACAAAGUGUACCGGACGAUGACAGCGGUGCAGAAACCUGAUCACACCUGGCCUAAAAGCUGCGUAAGGAAGAUCAGCCAUGGAUCAGCCAUGACAGAUCCCGUCGUUCACCAUGG